AUGAAUCAAGAAAUAAAUGAUACCGGCCGACGCAAUUUUCUAAAAACGGCCGCCGUUGCUGCCGCAGCUUCUGUUGCCUGCAGCAGUUUAAGCUGUUCCUGCUCUCCCAAAAAAGCGGUGGUUACAGAAAAGAUCAAAUUGUUGUCUCCCGAGGGAGAAAUUGUAGAAAUAGAUUCCGCUUACCUUAAUCACCAGGAACAUAUGGCCAUUGUUUCCAAGCUGGAAGCACGGGAAGGCAUCGCAGGAAAGAAAUUUGUGAUGGUAGUUGAUCUUUCGCGCUGCAAAAAUGCACGCAAAUGUGUUUCUGCCUGCCAGAAAUGGCACUACAGGCCGGAAGAAACGGAGUGGCUGAACGUAAAACUGAUGAAAGAUAAUGAAAAGGGCGCGCCCUACUGGUUUCCCAAACAAUGCUUUCAUUGCGACAACCCGCCCUGUGUAAAGGUUUGCCCGGUAGAUGCUACAUUCAAAAGACAGGACGGUUUGGUGCUGAUAGAUAAUGAUCGCUGUAUUGGUUGUAAAUUCUGCAUGGCCGCCUGUCCCUAUUCUACGCGUGUAUUUAACUGGGAAGAACCUUCCUUCCCUGCAGAUAUAAGAGAUCUUGUUUCCAACCCCGAAACAAAUAUCCCCGGCAAAGUUGGCACCGUUGAAAAAUGCGAUUUCUGCCCGGACAGGGCCCGGGAAGGCCAGCUGCCGCCCUGCGUGGAAGCAUGUCCCAACGGUGUAUUUUAUUUUGGCGAUGAAAAUGAAGACACCGUUUCCAACGGCGAUGAGACAGUGCGCUUUUCUCAAUUAAUAAAAGAACGUGCAGCUUACCGUUAUAUGGAAGAGCUGGGUACCAAACCAAGGGUAUACUACCUGCCACCCAAAGACAGGCAGUUUCCUGUUGAAAGGGGUUAUGAAAAUUUACCCGACAAACUGAAGAACAGGUUCAGGGAUGUAAUGGAAGAAAAAAGCGGAUCCUGA